CACUUGGCCACUUCCUUGCUGCCACCAGCUCCGCUGCACCUCCCCCAGGCACUGGGACCUCAGGUGGUCACCUGCCCCUGAGGCUGCACCUGUGAGAAGGCCCAGCAUCCUCUCCUCCCAGUGCAACAGGCAGGAUGGGCGACAUGGCCAACAGUUCCAUCGAGUUCCACCCCAAGUCCCAGCAGCAGCGGGAGGCCCCCCAUGCAGGCGGCUUUGGGUGCACACUGGCUGAACUGCGCUCCCUCAUGGAGCUCCGAGGGGCCGAAGCACUGCAGAAGGUCCAAGAAGCCUAUGGGGAUGUCAGCGGGCUCUGCAGGAGGCUGAAGACCUCGCCCACAGAGGGCCUGGCUGACAAUGCCAGUGACUUGGAGAAACGCAGGCAGAUCUAUGGGCAGAACUUCAUCCCUCCCAAGCAGCCCAAGACCUUUCUGCAGCUGGUGUGGGAGGCCCUACAGGACGUAACCCUCAUCAUCCUGGAGGUGGCUGCCAUCGUCUCCCUGGGCCUCUCGUUCUACGCACCACCCGGCGAGGAGAGCGAAGUGUGCGGGAAUGUGUCAGCUGGGACAGAAGAUGAAGGCGAGGCCGAGGCCGGUUGGAUAGAGGGGGCAGCCAUCUUGCUGUCUGUCAUCUGUGUGGUGCUGGUCACGGCCUUCAACGACUGGAGCAAGGAGAAGCAGUUCCGAGGCCUGCAGAGCCGUAUAGAGCAGGAACAGAAGUUCACAGUCAUCCGGAACGGGCAGCUCCUCCAGGUCCCCGUGGCCGCACUGGUGGUGGGGGACAUUGCCCAGGUCAAGUAUGGAGACCUGCUGCCUGCCGAUGGCGUGCUCAUCCAGGGCAACGACCUCAAAAUCGAUGAGAGCUCCCUGACAGGAGAAUCAGACCACGUGCGCAAAUCAGCCGACAAAGACCCCAUGCUGCUCUCAGGCACUCAUGUCAUGGAAGGCUCUGGAAGAAUGGUGGUGACAGCUGUGGGUGUGAACUCCCAGACAGGCAUCAUCUUUACUUUGCUUGGAGCUGGCGGAGAGGAGGAGGAGAAGAAGGAUAAGAAAGGCAAGCAGCAAGAUGGAGUGAUGGAGAGUAGCCAGACCAAAGCUAAGAAGCAGGAUGGGGCAGUUGCCAUGGAAAUGCAGCCACUGAAGAGCGCAGAGGGCGGGGAGAUGGAGGAGCGGGAGAAGAAGAAAGCCAACGUGCCCAAGAAGGAGAAGUCGGUCCUGCAGGGCAAGCUCACCAAACUGGCUGUGCAGAUUGGGAAAGCAGGGCUGGUGAUGUCUGCCAUCACUGUCAUUAUCCUGGUCCUCUACUUUGUGAUCGAGACCUUCGUCGUGGAUGGUCGGUUGUGGCUGGCAGAGUGCACACCGGUCUAUGUGCAGUACUUCGUGAAGUUCUUCAUCAUCGGUGUCACUGUGCUGGUUGUGGCUGUCCCAGAGGGCCUGCCUCUUGCUGUCACCAUCUCCUUAGCUUACUCUGUCAAGAAAAUGAUGAAGGACAACAACCUGGUCCGACACCUGGAUGCCUGUGAGACGAUGGGCAAUGCCACAGCCAUCUGCUCGGACAAGACGGGCACACUCACCACCAACCGUAUGACCGUGGUCCAGUCCUACCUCGGGGACACCCACUACAAAGAGAUUCCGGCCCCCAGCGCCCUGACCCCCAAGAUACUCGACCUCCUGGUCCACGCCAUCUCCAUCAACAGUGCCUACACCACCAAAAUACUACCUCCAGAGAAGGAAGGUGCCCUCCCGCGCCAAGUGGGCAACAAGACGGAAUGUGCUCUGCUGGGCUUCGUCCUGGACCUGAAGCGGGACUUCCAGCCUGUGCGGGAGCAGAUUCCGGAAGAUAAGCUUUACAAAGUAUACACCUUCAACUCGGUCCGCAAGUCCAUGAGCACGGUCAUCCGCAUGCCCGAUGGUGGGUUCCGCCUCUUCAGCAAGGGCGCCUCAGAGAUCCUGCUGAAAAAGUGCACCAACAUCUUAAACAGCAACGGUGAACUGCGCGGCUUCCGCCCUCGGGACCGGGAUGACAUGGUGAAGAAGAUCAUCGAGCCGAUGGCUUGUGAUGGCCUCCGCACCAUCUGCAUCGCCUACCGGGACUUCUCUGCCACCCAGGAGCCUGACUGGGACAAUGAGAACGAAGUUGUGGGCGACCUCACCUGCAUAGCCGUCGUGGGCAUCGAGGACCCUGUGCGGCCUGAGGUCCCUGAAGCUAUCCGAAAAUGCCAACGUGCUGGCAUUACAGUCCGAAUGGUGACCGGGGACAACAUCAACACGGCCCGGGCCAUUGCAGCCAAGUGUGGCAUCAUCCAGCCCGGGGAGGACUUCCUGUGCCUGGAGGGGAAGGAGUUCAACCGGAGGAUCCGCAACGAGAAAGGAGAGAUAGAACAGGAGCGUCUGGACAAGGUGUGGCCCAAGCUGAGGGUCCUUGCCCGAUCAUCUCCCACAGACAAGCACACUCUGGUCAAAGGGAUCAUUGACAGCACCACCGGCGAGCAGCGGCAGGUGGUGGCCGUGACUGGGGAUGGCACGAAUGAUGGGCCAGCCCUCAAGAAGGCAGACGUGGGCUUCGCCAUGGGCAUCGCAGGGACUGAUGUGGCCAAGGAGGCCUCAGACAUCAUCCUGACUGAUGACAACUUCACCAGCAUCGUCAAGGCGGUCAUGUGGGGCCGCAACGUCUAUGACAGCAUCUCCAAGUUCCUGCAAUUCCAGCUGACAGUCAACGUGGUGGCUGUGAUCGUGGCCUUCACAGGCGCCUGCAUCACUCAGGACUCUCCUCUCAAAGCCGUGCAGAUGUUGUGGGUGAACUUGAUUAUGGACACGUUUGCCUCUCUGGCCCUGGCGACAGAGCCGCCCACUGAGUCGCUGCUGCUGCGGAAGCCGUAUGGCCGAGACAAGCCCCUGAUCUCCCGAACCAUGAUGAAGAACAUCCUGGGCCAUGCAGUCUAUCAGCUCACCAUUAUCUUCACGCUGCUGUUCGUGGGGGAGCUUUUCUUUGACAUCGACAGUGGGAGGAAUGCACCCUUGCACUCACCACCCUCGGAGCACUACACUAUCAUCUUCAACACCUUCGUCAUGAUGCAGCUCUUCAAUGAAAUCAAUGCCCGCAAGAUCCACGGCGAGCGCAAUGUCUUCCAUGGCAUCUUUGGCAACCCCAUCUUCUGCACCAUCGUCCUGGGCACCUUUGCAAUCCAGAUUGUCAUCGUCCAGUUUGGUGGGAAGCCCUUCAGCUGCUCCCCCCUGUCCACGGAGCAGUGGCUCUGGUGCCUGUUUGUUGGCGUCGGGGAGCUGGUUUGGGGACAGGUCAUUGCCACCAUUCCCACCAGCCAGCUCAAGUGCCUGAAGGAAGCAGGGCACGGGCCCGGGAAGGACGAGAUGACCGACGAGGAGCUGGCCGAGGGGGAGGAAGAGAUUGACCACGCUGAGCGAGAGCUCCGCAGAGGCCAGAUCCUCUGGUUCCGGGGCCUCAACCGGAUCCAGACACAGAUGGAGGUAGUGAGUACCUUCAAGAGAAGCGGUUCAUUUCAGGGUGCUGUGCGCCGGCGGUCUUCGGUCCUCAGCCAGCUCCAUGACGUAACCAAUCUUUCUACCCCUACUCACAUCCGAGUGGUGAAAGCAUUCCGUAGCUCGCUCUAUGAAGGCCUGGAGAAACCGGAAUCCAAGACUUCCAUCCAUAACUUCAUGGCAACGCCCGAAUUUCUGAUCAAUGACUACACCCACAACAUCCCGCUCAUAGAUGAUACGGACGUGGACGAGAACGAGGAGCGCCUGCGGGCCCCCCCACCCCCAUCCCCCAACCAGAACAACAACGCCAUAGACAGCGGCAUCUACCUGACCACGCAUGGCACUAAGUCAGCUACCUCGUCAGUGUUUUCUUCCAGACCCGGGAGUCCGCUCCACAGCGUGGAGACGUCCCUCUAAGCAUAACUGCUCUCAGCACGCGCACCCCUGCACACACAGGCACCCAGGUGGGACGCACAGGCCUGCAAGGAGGGCACAGCCAAGGCGGCUGAAGACGUUGCUCACACGGCACUCGCAAGAAGCCAAUCCACUCAAGGCUUCUUACCUAGGACCAAGGAAAUGGAGGAGGAGGAGGAGGAGGAGGAGGAGGAGGAAGGAAAAACUAGAGAACAAGAAGAGCUGUGUUCCCCCUUUUUUUCUAUCAAAGCUUUUUUUUAAUGAACACUACAAAUGCCACCAGAUGUUUGUCAUUUGGGCUGUGCAGUGGGGUAGGCAGUUGGUUUUGGCUCAUUGGGAACUUCGUUGCACCCACUGGAGAGCAAUUGGAUCAACAGGUCCUAUACAAAAGGAAAACAGGCCAAGCGCUGCUUCACAGGGUUGGGAAGGAUGCCCCUAACCAGACAGCCCACCAGAGGGAGCCGCCUGCAAACAUACCUGAACCGCCAAGCACCCCAUCCCCAGGACACAUGUGCAGUCUGUGUGUGUGUGCGUGUGCGUAUAGACAUAUACGUACAUAUAUGACCAGAUGCAUAUUUAAAGAAUAAGGACCUAUUUAUUGGCAUGAUAUUUCCAUUCCUCUUAUCAGGUGUUUUUAUUUUGAAAUUUCAUUAUUUAUUGUGGCAGGGUUUUGUUGUUGUUGUUUUUUUUUCAGGGAACUAGACUGCAAGAAUAUCUUUUUGAUUGCUUGCCCCAUCCAGGACUCCCCUGCUUCUCCCCUCUGUUCUCCCUCCUCCUGGCACCAUUCCUGGCAAUGUCGCCACUGAGAGUCCCAGUAGAAGGUCGGGGGAGCGAAGGACGAGGUUAAAGUGGAAACAGUUACAAUUGGAACAUUUGCACUUUGAGACCCCUGCGUAUAGGGGGAGGGGGGAACCAUUUCGAUGGAAUUUUUAUUUGAAAGGAAAAUACCAAAGUAUCAAUGUAAACGAUCCCUUCCAGGAGGUAGAAGGGGAGUUUUGCUUUCAGUUUCCUUUUGUUUCAACUCCAAGUGCUGAAUCCUGGCUGGUGGGCUUUCUUUGUUUUCAAUUCAACCUCAAGAGCAUGAAGCUCUGCCCCCUGCCACCUCUGACCCCAUGGGGCGACCCAGAAUGGGGCGGGGAGUGACAAGAGUCAGAAAGAGCGUGGAGGAUGAGGUACCAUCAGUACCCGAGGGAGGCUGACCCGGCUGCGAUGUAGACCCCAGCCCUCUCGGCACCUCCAACUGGACUCCCACCCUUUGCUUUGGCAAAUGCCAACAAGUUGUUGCUGAGGUGCCCCUAAAGCGACUGGAAAAGGUUCUCAGUCACAACCUGCCAAAGCACUCCUCUGACCCCAGUCUUCUCAUUCAAAGACAACUAUGACCCAUGACAACAUGGAUCUGUGUCUGCAGCCACCUACAGUGACAUCGAGGAAACAGAUGCUGAAGCAAAGCCCCUGGGAGCCAUGGCACCUCGCAGCUGUUGCUCUAAUCACACCUGUGGCUCUUUGUCAUGAGUCUGAAAGGCUGCGGAGGUCAGCUCCACCACAUCAGCUGAGUGCCUGGUCUGCAGGUGAGGAGAGCCGGCCCUGGGCUCUCCAGAUAGUUCCCUCGGGAGCCUGUCUUUGCAUUGUGGGCACCCAGUGUGCCAAGCCUCAGUUUCCCACAAAUGCACCUUAGCCAGGAAGGGAAAUGCAAAAAAAAAAAAAAAAAGCAGUUCUUUUACCAUCUGAAUUCAUCUGUCUCACAUUUUUCGGGGAGGCAGUGGGGUCUGACCAUGGCUCCUCCCAUGUGCCUGUUGCUUGGGCCUGGGGCUGAGCCACUGGGGGUCAGCUGAGAACUGAGGGACAUGGGGUCAGAAUGGAAAGUGCGGGAGCAGAUGGGCACACUCAGCAGCUGAGCAGCUGGACUGGUGGCAAGGCUGGUCCGCCCAUCACACCCCCCAUCCGGCACCCACUGGCAGGGUCUUGUCUUACCUCCACAUGCGUCUGUGAGCAUCCACGCUGGCGGCCAAAACAUGCCGGGACUCCACCAUUAACAUGAAUGCCAUGUUACCCCUGAGCAGGAGUAGUCAAAUCUCGGGCAAAGGAAUUUCAGUUAGAAAAGAAAAUCCCACUUAAAAUGCCAGCUACAGAUAACUUAAAGCCAUCCCUUUUUUCCAAAGGGCACACUGAGAAUGUUACCCAUUUGUAAAUUGUUCCCUAUGUCCUUGUUUAAACAACCACAACAAAAAGGGCAACUCAAUUUGUUGAGGGUCUGUGUGUUCUUAAACAAGAAAUAAAAUUGGAAAUGUUUAAAUUGAGGAAGAUAAGCUUCAUAAUGCUACACUCAUGGGCUUCUUUUCACUCUGUUGUAGACACGUUGAUAGAACACAUGGUCCAUAUAUAUUUAAAAAAAAAACCCUCGCUGCUGCUGUACAAAGUUGCCUACUGUACAUGUCAAUUGUUUAGUCCCUAGGUUGCCUUUCCGUGGAGUGUGUGGUUCAGAAAAGGGGGGCCGUGACCUCAGAUCGUUGCUCCGGUUUCUGUAGUCUUCAGGCCGAGGGACCUGUCUCUUCAGGGAGCCCCUCUCUAUAAAACAUUAUAUUAUAUGGAAUGGCUUGGUCAACUGUGUUCAGUUAUUAAAUGUUUUACAUUUUUAUCUGCCUGUUAUAAAGAUGAACAAAAAAUAUCUUAAUGAGGAAGACCACAGAUGCAUAAUAAUUUCAAGU